CUGGCUUGUGAAUGAUUAUAAGUUAAUCAUAAUCCUUAAAAAGUUCAACCAAACAGCAACGACAAAAGACCCAAGAUGGCAGCGCAAGGCAGGACCAGAAACCACGAUUUCUUCGCACUUCCUUCCACUACCGUCGAAUACGAAUACCAGGGCAAACAGCACCUACUCGACGUGGUGGAAAGAACGAGGGAGACAUCAUGGAAGGAGACACACAUCAUCUUCACCGGCCUUGAUCCGCAGACAUUUGAGCAUGAGAUUGAGAACACAGACUGCCGUCGCAUCAAUCAAUCCUUUGACACGUAUUUGCCCCAGUUCGGUUUACUGCUUCUCGAGAUGCCUGCGUCGGACGUUCACGAAACCACCUCCAACAGGCUCAAUUUAAUGAUAAUGGAAGCGUUGCCUCGACGGCUUCGCCGGGCCCUUUCCAUGAGAGGAGAGACAGGAUAUCAGUCCGCUACAAGACAGAAAUGUGCCGACCAAGCAUAUGUGCCCAAAAGGCUUCCUUCAGGUCGCUCAAAUCAUUGGCCAUCAAUGGUUAUAGAGUGUGGCUGGAGCGAAACUAGAGCAAAGCUCGAGCGCGACUGCCGUUGGUGGUUGCACGAUUCGGACGGGGAUGUCAAAAUCGCAUUGUCCAUAUCAGUCCAUAUGAGGAGGAAGCAGAUCAUCAUUCAAAAAUGGGAAUCCUUCCAACUACAGACACGGGCAGGACAGGCCCAGACGGGGGAGAGACUGGCUCAAACAAUCGUUCUGUCCCAGGUGCGGGACCAUCCAAUUCGUCUGACGGGACCGCCCCUGCGUCUAGAAUUUGAUAAAGUUUUCUUGAGACAGCCACUGCCCACUCAGGGAGAACAUGAUAUUGAGAUUACAGCAGAGGACCUUCGGUUUCUGGCGCAGGAUAUUUGGCAGGUCCACCCAAAUGUUGAGUAACAGUAUUCAUUCUCGUCCCGUAGGAGCUGGUGCGUGACGGCUAGCAUAAUAUCCCCAUUCUCAACCAGUUAAAGACCUAAAUGCGUCCGAAAAUAUGGCACUGAAUAUUAACAUUUUGUUAGGAAUCCUCUUCCUACCCGACGAAAACG